UGACAGCUGGGCUCGCCUGCGCUCCUGCUCUUGUCUGCUAAGAAGCUUCAUCCCCAAAUAGGAUGACCGUCGGCGGCUGCGCGCACCCCCGUCUCUAGUGCCGGGACUCCCGCUUCUUCUUCUGGUGACUUUUUUUAAAUUUUUUUCAACAAUCUAGUAAUUUUUUUAUAUCAUCUAGUGUGGAUUUCGCGAUGGAUAUUCCGAUUUAAGCACGGCAUGUAACACACACACACACACACAAAAAGGUGAGACGCGCAAGAGCAAAAGUAGCGCUCGUAUUGUUGUGACUCGGUGAGAACUGCGUUAACAAUCGCGUCUGGAUGGAUUACUAAAUAGACAAGAAUCGACUCAUUAUUUCAAGAUCUGGCCAUUCAUGAGCUGAAGGCUGAGGUACAUCUGCAGCAGAGGACCAGCAGAGUGGUGCGACCAUGAGGUCAGAGGCCUUCUUCCUCUACUUCUCGCUACUGCACAUAGCUGGGGCGGGCUUCCCCGAAGACAGCGAGCCUAUAAGUAUCUCCCACGGGAACUACACCAAGCAGUACCCGGCAUUUGUGGGCCACAAGCCCGGCAGAAACAACACACAACGACACAAACUGGACAUCCAGCUCAUCAUGAUCAUGAACAAGACCUUAUUCAUUGCUGCCAGGGAUCACAUAUACACAGUGGACACAGACACCGCCACCGGUGACGAGAUCUUUUUCAGUAAGAAAAUGACCUGGAAGUCCAGGCAGGCAGACGUGGAUACAUGCCGGAUGAAAGGGAAGCACAAGGAUGAGUGUCACAAUUUCAUCAAAGUCCUCCUGCAGCAAAACGACGACACCUUGUUUGUUUGCGGGACAAACGCUUUCAAUCCUUCGUGUCGAACAUACACGAUGGACAGCUUGGAAGCUCUAGGAGAGGAGAUCAGCGGGAUGGCCCGUUGCCCUUAUGAUGCCAAGCAUGCCAAUGUUGCCCUCUUUGCUGAUGGCAAGCUGUACUCUGCCACGGUCACUGACUUCCUGGCCAUUGAUGCGGUCAUCUAUCGUAGCCUUGGAGACAGCCCGACGCUGCGCACAGUUAAACAUGACUCCAAGUGGCUAAAAGAGCCCUACUUUGUCCAAGCUGUAAAUUAUGGAGACUUUAUCUAUUUCUUCUUCAGGGAGAUCGCUAUGGAGUACAACACAAUGGGAAAGGUGGUCUUUCCUCGGGUGGCGAGGGUUUGCAAGAACGACCGCGGUGGCUCACCUCGUGUCCUGGAGAAGCAAUGGACGUCGUUCCUCAAGUCCCGUCUGAACUGCUCCAUUCCAGGCGACUCCCAUUUCUACUUCAACAUCCUGCAGGCCGUGACAGACGUCAUUCACAUCAACGGGAAGGACGUCGUGAUGGCCACUUUCUCCACUCCUUACAACAGCAUUCCAGGCUCGGCAGUGUGUGCCUACGACAUGGCGGAGGUGGCCAACACCUUCACAGGGCGCUUCAAAGAGCAAAAAUCCCCUGACUCUACCUGGACGCCUUUUCCCGAAGAGCGGGUGCCCAAGCCAAGGCCUGGCAACUGCGCCGCAACGUCAUCUAUGGAGAGGUACAAGGUGUCCAAUGAGUUUCCCGACGACACGCUUAACUUCAUCAAGAUGCAUCCCCUGAUGGAUGAGGCGGUGCCCUCCAUCGCCAACCGACCAUGGUUCCUCAAGACCAUGGUCCGCUAUCGUCUAACACGCAUUGCGGUGGACAGUGCUGCCGGCCCCCAUAAGAACCACACUGUGGUCUUCCUGGGAUCUGAGAAAGGCAUCAUCCUCAAGUUCCUCGCUAAGAUGAACAACGGCUUCCUCAACGACAGUUUGUUCCUGGAGGAGCUCAACGUCUACAAUCCUGACAAAUGCAGCAUAGACGGCGCUGAGGACAAGCGUAUUGUCAGCAUGCAGAUCGACGCCAAAGGUCGCACCCUGUGGGUUGCGUUCACCUCCUGUGUGGUCAAAGUGCCGUUGUCUCGCUGUGAAAGACACGGGAGAUGCAAGAAGUCCUGUAUUGCCUCCAGGGAUCCUUACUGUGGUUGGGUGGCAGAAGGAGCCUGCAGACAAGUGGUUGACACCAAAUCAGCCUUUGAGCAGGACGUGGAGCAUGGUAACACAGAUGGCCUGGGAGACUGCCAAAAUACGUUUGUGGCACUGAAUGACGUUCCUUCCAGUUAUAAAGGCCGCCUUCACCACCACCAUCACCACCAUACCCUCUCACUCCCCACCCCGGCCCUACCUGAGGCUGCCGAGGGCCCCCUGGGGCGGGGCCGCAUGGUGGAGCGCAAGGAUCCCCCUAUGAGCUCAGACAAAGGGGAGGAUCCCUACAUGGCCGUGCCCUCUCAGACUCAACCCGAAGUUGAUGGUGUGAUCCGAGAGAGCUACCAGAAGGGUCGUGACCAGCUGGUUCCUGUCACCUUAUUGGCCAUCGCCGUCAUCCUAGCGUUCGCCAUGGGCGCCAUCUUUUCCGGAAUCAUCGUCUACUGCGUCUGCGACCACCGCCGCCGAGACCUGGACCUUCCCGGUCGCAAGGAGAAAGACAACCACCACCUACACUCGCGCCGCGGCUCCAUGAACAGCGUGACCAAACUGACGGGCUUGUUUGAGACGCAGGCCAAAGAUGGCCGCCCCGAGGCCAUCCUCACGCCUCUGAUGCACAACGGAAGGCUGACCCCCAACGGCAAGAUGCUCAUCAAAGCCGACCAGCACCACCUGGACCUCGCCGCUCUACCCACGCCUGAAUCGACCCCCAUGCAGCCUCGCCGUAAGCCCAGCCGGGGGAGUCGCGAGUGGGAACGCGCCCAGAACCUCAUCAACGCUUGCACCAAGGACAUGACAUCUCUGGGCUCCCCCGUCAUCUCAGACCUGCCUCUGAGGGCGUCGCCGGGCCACAUCCCCAGCGUAGUGGUGUUGCCUCUGCCACAGCAUCAGCACCAACUCCCUCCUCACCUGCACCAACACGAGUACGUGGAGCAGCCUCACCCCAGCGACUUUGCCAUGGGCCUCAUGGACGACCAGGGCGCCACGUUGGAGUACAAGACGGUCAAGAACCCCCACCACAACCUGGUGGAUUCAGACGGGAUGCUGCCGCCACGUGUCCCCCAACGAGAAGCAUCCCUCACCGUCCCGCCAUCGGUCCCACAGAUGGGCAAGCGCCUGGAGGUCCACUCGUCCGUCUACGGGCUCCGAAAAGGAUCCUCCGCCUCGGGAUCGUCUGGCCUGAAGAAGCACAACACCAACUCGUCCAACUCCUCCCAUUUGGCGAGACAUCAGAGCUUCAACCGCGUGGAGACGCCGCCCCCUGCGCCCCAGCGGGUGGACUCCAUACAAAUGACAGCACAAGGGAUGUCUCUGUCGCGGCAGCCCGGGAUGAGCUCCUACGCUUCGCUGCCUCGAGGCGGCGUCAAACAUCUCAAGCCUGACGUUCCACCCAAACCGUCCGUAGUGUCGCUGUCCACCAAGGUCAAGUCCAGUGACUCGUGCACAUAGUCGGCCUACUUUGACCACCUUUCAGUUCUCUUUUGGUGUACAGUCCACUUUUUUAAGAACACACUUUCUUUUAUAUCAACAUGUAAAUAAGCAGGGAGAACACGUGCUACUGAGACGAACGAUCUACGAGAUCCGACGCCGUGUAGCAUCGAGACGGUGGCUCUCUUGUAAGCACAUACAAGGACACGGGGGUGAGGGGGUAGGGGGGGCUGGGUUUUGGGGUGUACAGUACCUUGAGGGCUGGCGGACUCGGGAGUUCGGACUGAAAAAAGACAAAGCCUGUCGGAAUACUGUGAAAAGCCUCCAAGUGUUACUGCAAUCAAGUCCUGCCUGCUUUGACGGGCCUGGACCAGAGGAAUCCUCACUGAAAAAGAAAACACUUGACUGUUAAUACUAAUAGCUUGUUGUAUUUAUUUUUUAUGAAGUGCUUUUGAAGAGAAGACUUUUUAGGCUCAACCAGAGAGAGGGCAGAGAGAUCUUUUUAAUAUGAAUUAAUCAUGUGGGAUGAAAAAACAACAACAACAAAAAAAAACAUAUUUAAAGUCAUUAAACUGGAGCCACUAGAUUUUCUUUCUUAAUGACUUCAAGUGAGGAAAAGGAGGAGAUAUUUAUUUACAGUGUGCCACAAAUGGACCGUCUCGUUUUAAAGGAAUAUUCCCCCCUUUUUGCUCCUCCAAUCAGCACUGUGGGUUUUUUCGUGUGUGUGAGUCAGUAACGUUGCUCCAUCUAGGGGAGGAAGACUAUUGAAAAAAAAGCAUAUUUUCCCCCCUCCCGACAUGUAAAUUUGUGCCUUACACCCAAAAGUAGUGACAGUGUUUUCUUCAAUAGCUGUUAACUUGUAGUUUUUUAAUUUUUUCUUACGUCAUGAUGUUUCCCUGAUUUGCUUAAAAAAUAAGAAGAAUGUAGGUGUUAUUGUAAUUCUGUUUCCCUACACACACACACACACGCACACACACAAUGUUUAUGUUAGUGGUUCAUGUCUGAUCUCUGUGCCAUGAAUGAGCUUUUUCGCUGCGUGUUGUCAUUUUGUCUUUUAUACAAUCUACAUGUUUAUUUGUACUUUUUGGGGGGGCUAAAGUGGAACAAUUGGCAUAGCGUUAGCAACACAUAGCAUCAACAGGCUGGUUCCUGUGCAAAUACUAACACAUAACAAUGAGCCCCUUUUAUUGUGGUGACAAGUUUGGAGGUGUGUAAACUCACUAACUAGUCUGAUGUUUCUUUUUGUUGAAAUAAAUCAAUCAGUGCCCCCUCCCCGCCCCGUCCCACCCCACCC